AUGGAUAUACCGAAAAUAUUAGAACAUUUAAAAGAUUUUCAUCAAAAUGCACUGGCGAGAGAUGAGAUUAUUAAUUUCAGGCAAGAUAUCAGGUCUUUAAUUAAUACGUCGUUACAGAAUGGAUUGUUUAGAGCUGCUCAGCCAAAUCAUAGCAUUUUUAAAGAUAAUGUUCAAAACACAUAUGUACACAAAUUAAAUAAUUUGUUUCCGAAAUCAUCGCAAUGCAACAAAUUUAAUAUUUUUCAGCAAUUUGCUAACUCUUCCAGUCUGUAAGCGAACAAAAUCAUUAGAAAAGCCCUAUUUUAUGGGGUAAAAAAUCCACCUUCUCGAUUGAGUAAAUAAUUUUUUAUGAAAAAAUUAUACAUAAGUGAUAAUUUUAUAAUAAUGAAAUCUCUUGAUGAUUCUGUUUAAUUUGAACAAAUUGCAUUUUAAGACAUAAAUUACAAAAUAAUUUAAUAUUUGCUUUCCAAUUUUUACGAAUUAAAUUUUGAAGAAAAAAAAUUAACUCCUACAAAUUAUUUUAUUCGAUGAUGGAGGAGGGAAGUAAAUAUUCUAGCAAAUUAAAGCUCAAUAUUAAUCUCCCAACAACACUUUUGAGAACAGAUGAUUCUUCUUUUCCUGUUUUAUUACGAACAAAAAUUGAAGGUCAUCUUGAAACGCAUUCAAACCAAAAUAUAGAAAACAAGUUUUUCGAGUGUUUAACAAAAAAGCCUGAUCCUUGCUACCCAUCAAUAUGUUAUAAAUCAGCCGAAAAAGAUGUUUCCCCUUUGUUUUCAGUAGAGGACGCUAAAGAAAUAUGGAAACUAAAAGAAAAUAAUUCUUUUUUGCAGAGCUUUAUUCAUUGCAAAUGCAACCCUUUGUCUAUUACAAGAAUUGUAUGAAAAAAAUGCGCAAAAGAAAAAUAUUAUACAAUUGUGAAUCGCUCAAAAGUUCGUGCAAGAUCUGUGAAAUCAUCAGAGAAAAAUAAAAAAAAAUCUAUGAAGCAGAGCAAGUCAUAUUCAAAUUUAUGUGAUUUUAAAUACAUGAAUAUGAUGCAGCCACUUUCUCAGUCCGUGAAUAACCCUUAUAAACUGAAGUCAAGAACCACUGAUACACUUAAGCCGAAAUUUACUAAUUCAAGCGCUGAUUUAUCACGAAUCGCCCAGGAGGCAAAAGAACCCACCAGCAUUUCAUGUUCCGCAUCUUUUCUAGCAGAAGAUAAUUUUAAUCCCCAAGAGAAUCCUCUCCCAAUUGACAAAAAAAUCCUCAGCAAAGCCAAAGGUCGAGAAUUCCUCGUCAACACAAAAGAACCUGAUAGCUGCUAUGCUAUUGAAAAUAACACAAAAAUUACCCCAAUUGAAAAAAUGACUGACGAAAUUGUCAAUUUUUUAAAUACCUAUUUAUUUUGCCAGCAAGCCCUUGGAGGAAUUGUAUUAGAUUUUAUACAAGACCAAAGCAAAAACUGAUUUUUAUUAGACUGCAAAGAAUAUUUCAUUGACUAUAAGCUUCCUAUUGAGGUCAAUGUCAUUAGAAAACAAAAGACCAAAGUAGUAAAGUCAAGACGGGCCAGAUCAGUUGACGAAUCGAUAAAUAAAAAAUCAGAAGAAACCGAAAGAAGAGAAAAAGAAAGCGACAAUGGUCCUGAAGAAGCAAAAAAAGAAGAAAUUCUCCCAUUUAAAAUAAGAACAAAGCCCUGCCUAGCUCCCCAAAAUAUGUGCAAUGAAAAAGAAUUAGUUGAGAGAUAUAAUAACUUGUAUGAAAAAGUCAACAAAAUAAUUUCAAAUAAAAAGCCAAAUUUUUCAUUUAACCCUCCUGAUGAAGGGUUCCACAGCUAUCCUUUUAGUAACAAUAACUUUUCACAAUCAUCUAAUGAAUUAAAAAAUAGCCAACCAUAUCAAAUCCGUGCAGGGAAAAGAAGAAGAACUAAUAAAUCAAUAGAUUCACUCUGAGCUGACCAACAAUAUAUAUGCACCAAAAAGACAUUUUGUGAAACAGUUGACCACUUUGAUGAAAUUGUUUCAAAAAUUCAAAUGUCAAAAGCAGGGAUAAAAGAUUUAGUUCAGAAAUAUGGCGGCAGCCAGUUUUGAGAUGAAUUUAUUUUAUCAUUAUAUAAUAUGUCUAUAAAUUCAGACUAAAAAUAGGAUUUUUAUUAGAAUAUUAUUUUAAAAUAACAAAAGAAAAAUUAAUUAUAAGCUUUUAAGCUGAAAAAUUAAGUAUAAAAUAUUAUGCUGUGACACCCUUGGAAAAUAUUUUAAAGACUCAAAACUAAAAGAUUUUGAAAGAAUCCAUACAGGGAUUUUCAAGGUUUUUAGUGGAAAUGUUGGAAUGGAUUUGAGAAGGAAAAUCAGAGCUGUCCAUCAUAAUAUGGGAAUCAAUGAAAUAGAAUUUGAUACAUAUACUGAGCUGUUUUUUAAGACGCUUGAGGAAUUUAAUAUUCAAGAAGUUGAUAAACGAAUUAUUGCGUCACAAAUAAGAUCAAUGAAAAGUCUUAUUUGCAAGCAAAUAUAA